AUGUCUCUACCUCUUGCAGCGUGUGUGUGUGUGUGUGAGCAAAAUCCCCAUAGACAUAUACAGGGCAUACACAGUAACACAAACCCAGCCGGUGCCAAGAUGCCUGCAGACUUCAACGGACAAUGGGUGAUGGUCACCAAUGAGAACUUUGAGGAUAUCAUGAAGGCCAUUGGUAAGCUGUUCUUCUAAUGUCUGUUGGAAAAUAGGGACCCGAGAUACAGAGAGAUACAGACAGGCAGAGAGAGACGGUGGAGAGGGAGGGAGGGAAGGGGUGUAGAGUAGAGAGGGAAUUGACAGAGAAAGAGUGUGUUGUGUGUGCAUGCGUAUGUGCAUAUGUCAAUGUGUGUGUGUGUGUGUGUGUGCACAAGUGUGUCUGAUAGAGAGGGGGAUGUCGGAGAUAACGUUUGUGUAAAGACUUUAUUUAAGUGUGUUAGUGAGUGAGAUUGUGAUAGACAGCGAGAGUGUGUGUGAGAGAGUGAGUGAGAGAGAGAGAGAGAGAGAGAGAGAGAGAGAGAGAGAGAGAGAGAGAGAGAGAGAGAGAAAGGAUUCAGUGCGGCUUCAUUUACUUAUUGAGCUGCUGUCAUGGCGACUUAACCUCGACUGUUUGUGGGAAUGGCUUCUGCUUGUUACCAGGUCGAAUAAAAAUAGAUUUACUCUUUUAUGCAUUUUUAUCCUCCCCAUUCCGGAGAAUAAAAAAUCUCAUCCUGAGCUCUGCCAAGCAGCGUCGGGAUGUUGCUGGCAAGCAAAGGCCCCUAUCCAUCCAUUCAGCAUGGUGUUGAUCAACCACAAGUAUUUUAUUAUUCAUGACUUUAUCUGCAAUUCAUAUCCCCUCCCGCUCAACCCAGAAAAUCCCCCCAAAAACAAAUCCAAGGCGUCUCAUUCCGUGCCACUCUCUCAUUUCCAUGAGCGGAUCGAAAAUUACAUCCGUAUGGGAGGGAGAAAAAUAUUUGGAUGGGUGAAUAAAAGAGCUUCAUCAAAAAGAGAGACGGGUAGAAAUUGAAUUUACACUUUGUGGCCAAUGCAAUAUGAAUAUCAAAAUGGAAGAGGUGGUCUCUUUUGCAGGCUCACAUUUACCUUAUUUAGCUCUAUUGCUGGUACAAGGCCAUUUUUAAAGAGUGAAUGAGAGCUGUCAACAGAGCUGGCCUGAGUGGAAUGUUAAUUCUAGGACUUGAGCUGGAGUCUCAUAACUGAAGAGGAGGACUGGUGGCUUAUGCACAAGGGAGCACAAUAAAAUGUAUACUACACAUUCCUCACUCUCCAACCAAGGUGAACACAAUCUAUAUGAAAACACACUUGAUAUUUAUCCUGAGUGUACAAAACAUUAGGAACACCUUCCUAAUAUUGACUUUGAAUACAAGACUGGGAGAGGAGUUGCACCCCCUUUUACCCUCAGAACAUCUUUAAAUGUUUACAUUGUUGUUUCACUGUGUUUCCUCCAGAUAUUGACUUUGCCACCCGUAAGAUCGCCGCCCACCUGACCCAGACCAAGGUGAUCGUCCAGAACGGAGACAUGUUCGAGACCAAAACCUUGAGCACCUUCAGGAACUACGAGGUCAACUUCACCGUCGGGGAGGAGUUUGAGGAGGUCACUAAGGGACUGGACAACAGGACGAUCCAGGUAGGACCACAACCACUAUGACCACGUCAGAGAGACACUGUCACUGCACUCAGUCCUAACCGGCUCCAAACCCUAACCUUUACCCUCUCCAUCAUGUUCUCUCCUUUUAGUCUAUUCCACCAUUUUUUAUAGGUUUUCAUCUCCUGCUUUCCCCUGAGUUUGUUAAUGCAUAUGGUAUGGUGACAUAGCCCUCACACACAUAGCCCACAAUCCAAGCAUCUUAAAAGGUUUGGUGCAGUCUCUCUCAGAUUAGAAAACAAUAGACAGCCAUAAGCACUGCUGUGGGUUGUUGACCCUGGAUUUAUGGAAACUUACACAAAUGUAUUCAGCCUGGACUCAGGGGUAGACGUAACAUAGCAAGCAAAAAUCCGGGACACUCAAAUUAGUAUGAUAUGUUACAUUUGGUAUGGUAUGUAUUAAUUUAUGGAUAUCCAACAUCCAUUUCGUAUGAUAUGUUACAAAUUACAAUUCGUAUGAUAUGUUACGAAUUACAAUUAGUACACACAACCUUUCGGUUGCCAGACGUUCACGUAAUAUGCCCACUCAUCCACCCCGACCAACUACCCUCCUUUUGUUUUUGCCUUAAGUAACCUUCUGUCUUAUGUAACCAUACCAAACGUAACAUAUACUAAUUUGAGUGUCCCAGAUUUUUGUUUACUAUGUUACGUCUAGUCUAUGCUACCGGCCUGAUAUCGUAGCUGUGGGGCAUUUGGGCAAAUGUGUGUCUACGGUACGCUGACUGUUGUGUGUGUGUGUGUGUAUGUGUGUGUUCUUCAGACACUGGUUACCUGGGAUGGAGACAAGUUGGUGGCUGUGCAGAAGGGAGAGAAGGCCAACCGUGGCUGGAAGCAUUGGAUAGAAGGAGACCUGCUAUACCUGGUGAGAGAGAGGAAGAUGGAGGGAGGGGGGUUAGAGACAGACAAGAGAGAGAGAGAAAUGUCCUAGACUUCAACUUGAACAUACAGAACAUUACAGGUUCUUCAUACCUAAGACAACAGAAGCUCUAUUCCCCAAACUCAACUCUAAGGGGAACAAUGAAAAAAUGCAGUGGAACUGGCUUCGAGGUCCAGAGUUGAGUUUAAGGGUUUAUGUUAUUUGAUUGUCUCAUUGUCUUUCUGUCCAUCUCUUCUUCUUUCAGGAGAUCCACGUUGAAGACAAAGUCUGCAAACAAGUAUUCAAGAAGAAACCCUGA